CUCAGCCUCUCAGACAGAGUGGAGCUGCAGUCACAGAAUGAAUCUCCAGUGCAGGAGCGAAUGUCACUGCUGAGAGCUGGUGUUCUUCCGUCCGUCUGCAAGCGUGUGCGAGUGAGUGUGUGUGUGUGCGUGUGUGGGUGUGUGUGUGUAUGUGUGGGUAAGUGAGCGUGCGCAAGAGCACGGGUCAUAUAGAAAUGGCAGCAUAGCAGCGUAGCAGCUCGGACUCGGACACUACUGGGAGUCUCUCUGUGGAUGUGUAACGGCCGAGUGGAAGUGACUAACGAUCUGUUUACGUCUGCGGAGCAACUUCCAGCAUGGCAGGUCCUCUUCCUCCUCUCUCAUUCCUUCAUCUGCCCUCUCUCCUCUGCUGUCUUCCACCCGUCGGAGCCCUGCUGCACUGAGAGAGUGAAAGAGCGAGAGAGGAAAGAAGAGAGGACAUGCAGUGGCCAGAGCAGCAGGCUCUGUCUCAGCUUCAUCAUUGACCUCCAUCUGGAGGAACCAUGGUGAGCAAGGAGGUUGGAAAAUGCAUGCUCACCAACUCCGAGUCGGACUCCGAGGCAGCGCCCUCUAUGGCCCUGGAGGUGAAAGGGCCAUCGGAUGGAAGCAGGCAGGUGCGCAAGCGCAACAAAGCCCUGCAGGUGCGUUUCAAGGACAUCUGCGAGGCCCAGAGCGAGCAGGCAGCUGCAGCGCGAGGAUCCAAGUCUGUCUCCUAUAAGGUGGCUUAUCGGAAGUAUAUGACCGUCCCUGCCCGGAGAUCCAUCCCCAACGUGACCAAAAGUACCGGAGUGCAAACCUCUCCAGAUCUGAGGAAGCGAUAUCAGACUUUUCCACUCGAGAGGAAGAAAGGACACACCGUGAAGCAUGCUGCUACAGUGGAAAGCUACAAGGACCAGGAUAAUGGAUUUGUUAUUGACAUUAAGCGGGCAAAAGCAGGCGAGGGUGGUAAGGAGGGGGCACCCUCUCACACUGUGCGGAAGACUAGAGCGUUAAUGCACACCAAUGAAUGCAUAGCCACCAUUGAGCACCACCCUCACACUACAGAGUGCACAGAGAGGACACUGCUGCCCUGUUCAGUGGAAUCUGGGGCAGACCAAUCAGACUACCAGAUCUGCGCGGUGAAGAGUAAACACCGCAAGAGCUUCCAGAGGGACUCGGAGUCACUGGACCGCUCAGGGAAGCGGCAGCUGUUGAACUCGGACGAUGGAGGCGGUAGGGCUUUGCCAGACUCCAGCUCCAAGGUGACGGGGCCCAUCACCUGGAACUCCCUCACGCAGGUGGAGUGUCUAGAGAGCCCAUCAGCACGCAGCAAGCGCAAAAAGGCUCUGCAGUUGAAUGGCCUGCAGUCCCAGACUUUGCCCAGGACCGGCUGCACCACGCAGGCACAGUGCCAUGCCGGAAUGAUCUCUGCCCGGCCUUUACGGGCCAUGGAGGAGGCAGAGGCGACGGUCCCUGUCAGUACGGCACCCAUCGCCAUGCCAGCGCCUGUAUGUGGGGGCGGAAAGGGAACGGGAACAGCAGCAGGGACUGUACAAGUGGACAGUGAGGCCUGCAAGCAGAUUGUGCCUGUCAAUCAAGACAGGGACGUAAAAGCACAGCUGCAGGCCAUGGAGAGCAUGAUCAGCUCUAGCCAGGAAACCAUCAAAGUGCUGCUAGGAGUCAUUCAGGAGUUGGAGAAGGGAGAGGCUCUCAGAGAAGGUCUCUCCUAUCGAACCGGGCAGGACACGGCCAACUGUGACACGUGCCGGAACAGCGCGUGCAUAAUUUACAGUGUGGAGCUAGACUUUAAGCAGCAAGAAGAUAAGCUGCAGCCGUUGAUGAAGAGGCUAUGCUCAGCGGAGGACUCGCCCUUUCCUUCACUGCCUUACCCCCAGGAGGCUUACACCUCUACUCCCAAGCGCAAGGCCAAAGCAGAGGCCAAGAAACACGCUCGCUGGAAACUCUGGUUCUUAUGAAAGAACACACAGCAGGACAUACACUCUCUCACUCUUCGUUCUCUCCGCCUCCAUUCUUCUUUGCUCCCUCCCUUUGCUCUUUCUCUCAUUCUUUCUGGAGUUUCGUCAUUUUAUCGUUCUUCCCGUCACACUUUAAAGAGUGAAAUAAAAAAGUAUUCUGCGAUUUGGAUCCUGGACAAAGAGCCCAGCUAUGAAAUCUCAAAGCCUUCUUUGAAAUAAAAAUGGAAAAGUGGAUCCUACUGGGAUUGCAUUUCCCGGUUUGGUGUCAGAAAUGGAGAAUAUUUUUGGACUAAUUUCCCCAAACAGAGCGUGAAAUCCUCCUAUUUGCAGAUCGGCAAGGUGAGAAAUGAGAUUGGAAUAACCUGGCUUAACCUUACUCAUUUAAAUAUAUCUAAAAACAAAUCUACACACUAACAAAUAAUGAUUUACACAUGACUGGAUAAUGAUAUCUCUAUUCACUGCUCACCUAUAGGACCUGACUGUCCUCCUAUUUAUUUGUUUAUUUAUUGGCUUUUUUGUUCAUCUGUCUUAUGGAUGUACUGGACAUUGGUCUCUCAUUUUCACAAAAGAAAAAAAAAAGAAAUCAUUUUCAAACACUUGGACUGAAAAAUGUAAUUGCCCUUCUUGGACAUCAACAUGACUGGAGUCUCACUAUAAAGACAAAGCACAAUAACACUCAAUAGAUACUCUUAGAGAAGAUAAAAUGGACUCAAUGCAGGAAGGCAGAAAUGGACAUUUGGGCAAAAAUGGAAGGACAUUCUUAUUUGAACUACAAAAAAAAGAGAAAAAUUUCACACAUAUAUCUCAAGUUUCUAUAUAAACCCAAGUUUCUGAAGAUCUAUACAUCUACUAACUUUGAGAUACUAAUUUAAGGGGAAAAAAUGAGUACCACUUAUUUUUCUAUAUUCUUAAUAUCAAGCAUUAAAUUCAGAUUUUUUAAUAUAUACUGUAUGAACUUAUCUUGCUUCAGUGUUUACUGGAUUAUUAAAAUGCUCAAAAGAGGAAAAAGAAGGAGAAGAUUAUUCCUGAUGGAUCAGAACGACGGAAGAUCCAUUUCACAGAAGUUUCACUGAGGAAUACAGCAAGGAUUACCACGAUGUGCUUUCCUUUGCAGUAAAUGAUAUAGCAUGUUAAACACACCGAUUCAGCUGCCAUCACGCUCAAACAAUACACAAUGUAAUAGUGCGUAACAGAUGAUAGCUGGACUGGGUCUAUGGUUGUGUCAUGUGCUCGCGGAAAUGCCACGUUGUUCUCACCUUCAUCGUUUUCAUAAAGAAGGAUGGAGUAAUGUUGUCCAAAGUGUAGCCUGGUGCCAAGCACGAUGUCCACGCCCUCAAAAAUCUCUGCUUCCUUCUCCAGCCAACACAAAAUACGUCCAUUUGAACCAGAAAUGUAAUCAUGAUCUUCACUUUCUAAGAAAUAAUAUUUAUAUAAUGUAAUGUCCUAAUAAUCUUGCAGAUAAACUAUCAAAGGUUGUGUGGAAGCUAGUAUUCUAGGUGGCAGGGAAUCUAAUCAGGGCUAAUUCCACCUCCGGGAACAGGACUCACAUACUUUACAGAGCCACACGGAUAAAUCCGGGCAUUCUGGGUAAGGCACUACUGAAGCCAAAAACCGCAUCAGACACUGGAAGCACGUGCCAAAGUGUUUAACAAGGGCAAACCGAUCCAUCUUUAGACCAUGACCUCCAAAAGUCACAGUAUAAUUCUCUUCAGCAAGGCUGUCUGAUCUCCUGUUCUCCACACCUCUGCUUUCUGCCAGCUAGAUUAAACACCUUAUCUCAUUGUUUAUCUUGUAUAUCAAAGGAUUUGAUUUACAAAUAGUUCUACUGUAGCGUGAAGAGAGACCUAGAUGUUAUCUGUACCUUAAAGAAGUGCAAUUGAUUCACUAUGUGCAAUAUUGUGCAUUUUAUAAUGUUUUUAAAAUCAAACAAUUUAAUAUACAUAAUAAAAACUGACAAAACUACAAAAAAGACGUUUCCUCAUCUGAGUAUUUGGCCCUGUUAUAAGUUUUCAGACUAAUAACAAUGACUGACUGAAUAACGGUGCUUGUUGUAUUAUAACUGCUUUUUCGUUGAGCUUUUUUUCCUUAUUUGCAUUUAUGUUUGUCAUGAAACACUGCAUUUUAAAACACUCUCAGGCACUAGAGCCAGAGACAACGGACUGCUGGUUACUUAUGGGUGCCUUUACGGAUAACAUUUACAAAACUAAACAUGUCAGGUAUGUAACAACACAAACAUCACAGUACACUGUGCAGUUUGCAUCACGGUACGAAAAACGAAGCAUUUAUUCAACAUUCGUUUCGCUUUUAUUAUUUUGGUCCACGUCCACUUGACUAAACAAGGCCAAAGAAUUGGGUGAGUGCAUAUUUAAACAAACACAAAAGUUUAAUUAGACACAAAAUGUAAAUUAUGUAAGAGGCAGGGGAUUUUUUUCAUGCUUUCAUUGGUAUCUCUUAAAGGAAUAGUAUAGCAUGUUUUUGAAAAACAAUGGAAACUAGGAAUGUAAAUGCUUAAUAAAUUGACCGUCAACCAACAAUUGUUCGCUCAAUGCAGAAAACAUUCAUUCCAUUUCAUUUUCAAUAAACCACAGCUCCUA